GUCGUACCUGAUCAAGUCUAUCUGGCCGGAGCUGUUCGCGUACUUCUAGUACGGACCGCUUGUAAUUCACUCAUCUGGUGGUGGUCCACCGAAGAUCCUCUACCUUCAGGUUCAAAGUUUUUGUUAUACAGAAAUGCAUUGCUGACGGCCUUUUCCUGCGCACAAUUCACGAAGUGUUAACUACGUAAUAGUACCCUUUGAUUUUGAACCUUCCGCACGGGUAACAACAUAAAAGAAUGAAUGCCUAUAGUCUUUGCAGCACACAGACCACACAGGGUGAUCCUCAUUCCAUGGGGCUGGUAGCUCUAGAUGAGCUAAAAGCGUAGAGCUGCAACUUGUUAGAUGUGAAUGUAGUGAUUGUCGUGUAUCUUCACCGAUAGGAUUAGGAAGGAAAAGAAGAUGCAGGUCCUCGCAAGAACAACUUGCGACCAGAGCGCAUGAAAUAGCCAAGGUGUUGCUGUAUGUUCAUCACGGCGAAGCUCUGAAACUCAAGCGGGACAUGGCGACAACCUCUCAUCGAUGCGCUGCCCUCGUUCUGGUUCCGCAGCCCCACCGCAUCAGCUGCGUGGUGGCGCUGGAAGAUCCAUGAGCUCCGCUCUCCCAUCGUCUCAAUGGUAUGCAUUUCAAUUUCUCCCACCCUCGUACCAGGAAAAGUUCUCAAACAAGCAGCGUGAUCAUUCGUUCUUGGCGUCGUGUCGCAACGCUUCAGGACCAGCCGACACUGGUGGAGUCCUCGCAGUCGUUACUCUCUACCCUGCUGCGACGUACUGCAAGCUCAUCUCAUCAUAAGAAGGACUACACCAGUGUCACGAAAAUGCCGAAGCCAGCAGGAGGACCAUCGGGAUCCGUCCCUUCUUUUUUGCUCUGUCAUCGUGUAGUACGUCCUCCCGGAAGUUGUACUACAGGAAAGCACUUUAUGCAUGUGCAAAAAGCAACAUUAUUUCCGACGCACGAUGUCCUCCGAGAGCGGAAUCCGAAUCAUGCAGAUUGCCGUGCCACGAAUAUGUAUAUGCACAUGCGAAUCGGGCGGCGAUGGAAAGCCUCCGAAGCGGCAGACCGCUUUCGGGAAAGCAACCGCGGCAUCUGGAAUCACCCACCACAGCCGGUGGGCGGGUGGUUUAACACUUUCACCGGGAUGCACAUCAUGCCCAACUUCAAGCAGGGCCACCCUACGCCCAACUACCGUCGAUUAAAAGCGCGACGGAAGGUGCCGAACCGUCGCCCCAAAAUCCACACCGGCGACUGGACGCUAGCCUGCAAGGGGGACGGGACCUUUCACUGGACGCCGCCCUAUCCGCCGCGGGUAAACACGUGCCCGGCGGGGCCCUGGCCCCAGCUGCGGAAGCAAAAUAUCUACCGGGUGCGCAACCCGGAGUUCUUCCCUCUGCGUUACAAAAACGUCGAGUACCUGGCCAAAUGGCAACUGACCAGAAAACCCCAUGGCAAACAGCCCUACAAAAUGCACAUUGUCGCCCGCACCGCGCACGGCCAUGCGGACCCCAAGUUCGGGGGAACUGAUACAAAGAAUUCGACGCGGAUGGACGUGGACGACGCCGAUGUAUCCCGAACAAAAGCAUCGUACCUAAUCGGAUAGAUUCAGAUACAGAUUGUACAAAACGACCACCACUUAUAGGCCUGACGUUGCAGCUCGCGAAAAAUUGUGCACUAAAUAAGAGGUGGAAGUAGACCUCAAUAUUGAUGCAUCCAUUACACAACUAUACCAAAAACGUAGAAGACAAUGAAUAAUUUAUCUCGUGCCACCAUUGACGUUUUGAUCUGAAGAGGUAUCGGACGUUACGCUUUUUGCAACGCAUACGUAGCACAGCAGAACAAUAUUCCUCGCGGCGCUUCUGACGCGAAGGUGCCACGUGGUGACGUUGACCGAGACAGAAGCGAAGCGGUCCGAGUCAAGCGACUGAAAAUGCCAAAGGAGGCAAAGGUGAAGCAGCGCCCUCCGAGCGACUUCGUGGACGGAUUUCACGUACAAAGGGGAUAUCUCGUCGCAAACACACUCACGACCACCCAGCUUGAAAGCAAGACCGUUAUUUGGACACCCCUUCCUACACCUCUAGGCGAGGGGGGGGGUUCUGUUUAGCAAUGAUGAACUUUUGCACGUUCUGUGGCUUUUGAUCUUGAUUUUUGGGAGCGUCACAGUUUCCAAACUAGUUUCCGGCACAUCUUCAUCUUAUUUCAUAUACCUGGUUGCCACGACCACCUUGUGGUGCACCUAGUUCAUUCGUUGCCUCCCAGCUAUGUCAUGAUGUUGUGAGGGUGGAAACUUGUCAUGUACAGCUACCCCGAAACAAAACAAAAGGCGAAAACUUUUGCAGCGGAACCAAGGCAAUACCAACAAAACUUUCGUUGCUUAGUUGGGUGGGCGUCCAUGUUUUAACACGUGAUAGCACUAUGGCUUUCAUCACGACCCGAAUUUUCAAUGGGCGCAAACGGCUCGACUGAUAGCCGUUAUCUUCGCUGUAUGCAAAAGCGAGGCGCUGUCUUGGUGCGCAACAGGGCCAUCUUCACCAGAAAUAAAAAUAUGAAAAAAGUGUGAAUGAAAAUGAAAAGCCUAUCCUACUACAUUCGAGGGCAGAGCGGCUUUGAAAAUGAAAUCAUACCUUUCGAGGCAUGGAUAUUGCGCAGUCAUUUGUGUAUCUUGACGUUAUCUCCCGUAAGAUGAUGAACCCGCUGCACUUUUUCCGUCGUGCAAAAAAUCGCCACUUUAAGAAUGUGAAUCACACCAGUAAAAAAAACCCUUUUUCUCCCUCGCGGUCUAGCUAGUUCGAAAAAUAAGGCAAGUGCUGGGUGGGAGCUCCAAAUGCAAUAGGUCCCAAAAGCAAAUGACAAGGUUUAGACCCAACAAGAUUACGCGGCCGCUCGAACUGAUGAAGAUGCUUCUUCGUUAUAUUUAUUGUCGUUCUCUUUAUGUUCAUCUUUAUUCCCA